AUGGCGCGCUGUGUCACUUACGCUCCCGAGCUACGCUCCUUCAUCAUGGUCUCCUCCAGGGCGCUCGGCGAGGACGUGUACCUGGCCACCACCCAGCAGUUGGUGGAAGGCGUGGUUUCUGGAUACAAUGCAACGGUAUUCGCCUACGGCCCCUCAGGCACUGGCAAGACCCACACGAUGCUAGGCAUGGACACGGAGCCUGGGAUCUACCUGCAGACACUCAGCGACCUCUUCCAGGCCAUCGAGGAGACCCGUGACAGCACGGACUGCAGUGUGUCCAUGUCUUAUCUCGAGAUUUAUAACGAAGUGAUCCGGGACCUCCUGAGCCCGUCCUCGGGCUUUCUGGACCUGCGAGAAGAUUCAAGGGGCAGCAUCCAGAUUGCAGGCAUCACAGAGGUCUCAACCUCCAACGCCCAGGAGAUCAUGCAGCUCCUCACCAAAGGCAACCGGCAGCGCACGCAGGAGCCCACGGCCACCAACAAGACGUCGUCCCGCUCGCACGCGGUGCUGCAGGUCAUCGUGCGCCGGCGCGGCCGCGGCGCACACCCGGCGGAGGAGGUGCGCGUCGGCAGGCUCUUCAUGGUGGACCUGGCGGGCUCGGAGCGGGCGUCCCAGACCCAGAACCAAGGCAAGAGGAUGAAGGAGGGCGCCCACAUCAACCGCUCCCUGCUGGCGCUGGGCAACUGCAUCAACGCACUCAGCGAGAAGGGUGGCAGCCGGGCGCAGUACGUGAACUUCCGGGACAGCAAAUUGACACGUCUGCUGAAGGACGCCCUGGGUGGGAACAGCCGGACCGUGAUGAUCGCCCACAUCAGCCCAGCCAGCACACACUUCGAGGAGUCGCGGACCACCCUGCUGUACGCCUACCGGGCCAAGAACAUCAAGACGAGGGCUCUGGAGCAGGCGUCCUUCCAGCUGUGCGAGCUUCGGUCCAGUACAGUCAAGCGUAACCUGCUGAGCGUGUCCUACCACAUCACACAGUACACAGACGUCAUCUCCAACCUGCGCGGGCAGAUCCAGCGCCUCAAGGCCAAGGUGGAGAGGCAGGAGAGGGAGAGGAGGGGCGAGCCUGGCGGCCAGGAUGCUCAAGAUCCUACGCUGCUGGGCAAGCAUGGAUUUGACCCUGGCCUGGGUGGCGUUGCUCCUGAGGAGGACAGCCGCCUGCAGAUGAACAGGAUCCGGGCGCAGCUCAUCGGGGCCUUCCAGGAGCAGCUGGAGAUGCGGCGCAGCCUGGUGGAGCUGGAGAACACCAGCAUCGAGCUGCACGUGGACACGUCCCGCCACCUGCUGACCAUCGCCGACUGGGAGCGGGAGAAGACCCACCACCUGGCACACAGGGCUGGAACGCCCGAGAGGGACCAGGAGGCGCUGGAGGCCGGCCCAGAAGGGGGUGAGGGCGAGCCCGCAGAGCCGCACGAGGUGGCCCUGGCCAGGGAGGAGGUCAACAUGCUCCUGGCUGAGCAGCGGAAAACCGCGGCCCUUAAGGACUUGGCUGUUCUGGGGGAGCUGUCCCUGCACGCGCGAUCGCAAACCAGAGUCUGUAAGGACAAGCGGACUUGGCAGCACAGGCCCCAGGCGUCUGCCCUGAACCCUUGGUCUCUCUGCCAGGCGGGCCUGGAGCAGCGUCUGGCCAACGCCAAGAAGAAGGCGUCGCAGAUGGAGGAGCUGCUGCCCACGCAGGUCAUCAGCGAGGACCAGCGGGAGGUGCUGCGGCUGCUGUGCCGGGCGCACGAGCUGGAAGUAGAGAACACGGGGCUGCAGGCCAACAGCCUGUGCAGGAGGAACCUGCUGUGCCAGAAGGACUUCGUGAUCCAGCGCUGCCAGCAGCACCGACGCCUGUGCGAGCAGAUCAUCCAGGAGCAGCAGCAGCUGAUCCAGGACAGCGGCCUGGAGGUGCCGGAGGCCCUGGAGCAGCGGUACCGGCUGUACUCCCGGGAGCUGGGCGCGGGCACGCUGAACCGCCUGCUGCUGCUGCAGGCCGUGAUGGCCAGCUCCCUGCGCGACGGCUCUGUUCUGAACAUCUCUCCCCCGCCAGAGGAGCCCAGCCAAGACCAGCCGGACGACAGGGAGGACCUCCCAUGGGGGGCCCAGUUUGAGCUGCCCCCCAUGCUGCUGGAUCCGGACAGUGAUGGUUACAAGUCAUCGAAAGCCACGCCGUCGAAAAAGCUGGGCAGGCGAGACUCCCUCCUCCCCCCAUCCUCGCUGCACAUCCUGCUGAGCCCGCCGGCUCACGAGAAGCCGAGCUCCCAGAGAAUGAAGACACUGGUCUCCAAGCUGUGCUCCCCGGCCGGCCGAGAACCAGGCACCCCCACCCCGAGGAUGGCAGCAGAGGCUGGGCUGAGCGCCCAGGCCCUCAAGGAGAUGGCCGCAGGCACCAAGAGCAUCGCCCUCAUCGCGGCCACCCGGCGCUCCAGGGCGCAGGACCCCGAGGGCAGCAGUGGCCGCUCCUCCCUCCACCCUCCAGAGGAGGCGGCUCCAGACCCCAAGGACCCCAAGCCCAGCAUCACCCCGGAGACGAGCCCGGCCGACAGGAAGUGGCCGCAAGCCAGCCCGGGCAGGGCCCGCUCUGCAGAGAGGAAGGCCAGGGGGAAGCCAUCGCCCCAUGUUACCAGGAGAGUCCAGCCGGCAACAGAAAAACUUCAGCCACCCUCCACGGAUCACAUAGCCGAGAGCCAGCCGCCCCCUGCACUCUCUCAGCUGUCAAAGUCUCCAGGAAAGAGCUUUCUCCCUGCUGUCCCUUCAGCCUCUAAGAUGAAACCCAGCCUCAGUUUUCAUGCAGGUAUGCGAUCGAAAAAGGAAAAUAGCAAGUUGGGUUUGUUCUGCAUCUCUGCCCCUCCUCUCAAACGUUUGGAAGGUGUGACAGUCUGGGCUGUUAUCAGUUGUCUGCUCCUCAGUGUGAGUGAGUUUCAGGUUUUCUUAGGCAGCAGGCCAGCCACAGUCACUGGCUCUUUGAAAAGAUGUAUUUGGGGGUGUGCUCAGUUUUGCUGCUGCCCUGCCUGACGUCCCAAGAGUUCGAGGCAAUGAUUCAAUUUGUGCGCAUACGGCUGAUUGCCUUUACUCAGUCUGCACCCCGGGCCCCCGUGGGUUCUCUCGGUGCCGGUUUGAGUCCCACCUCUGCGGUGGUUGUUACUACAAAAAU